UGUCCGGUAAGUUCAACGCCGGCGACUUUUUUCCGUCGCUCGAGCGGCUGGAUUUGCAGGGCGUGGCCGGCGAGAUGAAGAAGGUCCACCGGUGGUUCGACGAUUUCUUGACGGAGAUUUUAGAGGAGCGGCGGAUGGGCGGCGACGGCGGGCAGCACGAUGACUUGCUGAGCACGCUUCUGUUCUCGCAGGAUGGAGCUGAUGAUGAGAACGAGAAGCUUAAUGACACUGAGAUCAAGGCCUUGUUGUUGAACAUGUUUACGGCUGGAACUGACACGUCAGCGAGUACAGUAGAGUGG